AUGGACUCGAGUGAAAAACCUGUGGAUCCGGCGACGGAGAAUCCCGCCAAUGAUCCUACCGAACCAGCCGAUACCACUGCAGCAACAGACACUAGUAACACAGACAAGAAUGAUACAACUGGUGCAAACAACGAAGAAAGUGUUAUUUCCGAGGAAGAAUUGGCCAAGGAAAAAGCCAUUUUUGAUUCUCUCUUUUCCACUCGACGCCCAAAAGACGGAUGGGCUGGUUUGAGUUCUGGCCUCAAGAGUGUCGCCAAGGGCACUGCCGCUGGUGUCGCUUCUCUCAUUGCUCAACCCAUUGCCGGGGCACAAGAAAGUGGCAUCAAGGGAUUUGUCUCCGGUUUAGCCACGGGUGUUGUCACGGCGGUGGCGCUUCCCGUUACCGGUGUCUGCGUAGGAGCCUAUCAAGUCACCCGGGGAGUUGUCAACUCGGCCGAAGCCAUGAAAAACAGCCGACAAGGAAUGCUUUGGGACCAAGAAAAGAGAGAAUGGUACUACUAUGUCCUCGAUGCCGAAAUGGAGGAAGUCGAAAAAUUGGAAUCAGAAAUGAACAACAAAACCAAUACUGCCAAUGGAAACUCGCCACAAGAAGAACGAAAUGUCAAGGAUCGAGAAUAUUACGAUUUACUCAAUGUGUCCACCAAUGCCUCGCAGACGGAAAUCAAAAAGGCAUAUUACAAAGAAGCACGAUUGUGCCAUCCCGACAAACGACCUGAUGAUCCAGACGCUGCCAAGAAAUUUCAGACACUCGGACAUGCCUAUCAAGUACUCAGCAAUGAACAAACCAGAGCUCACUAUGAUAAACACGGAAUCAUCAAUGCCGAAUCGGAUGUCGCCAUGCAGGAAAUAGAUCCAUUUGUCUUUUUUGCCGUCAUGUUUGGAUCCGAAGCAGUACACCCCUAUAUUGGAGAACUAUGGAUUGCCAACAAGGCAGACUCGCUCAUGAAGGAACAAGCCGAGAUGGAAUUUCGCAAUCAACAACAACAACUAAAUGGAGAUGAGAAAUUGGAUUCCUCUCAAGAGGCACGCCAAGAGUAUGUAAAGAGAACAUCUGCUGCGGUAGAAGCCGACAAAUUCAAACAACGAAAGAGAGAAGUGAGGUGUGCUUUCAAUCUGCGAAACAGAGUCGAACCUUUUGUGGAUGGAACCCAAGAAGAGGAAGAAUUUAUUGCGCUUUGUCAAGCGGAAGCGGCAAACAUCACAAAGGGUGCAUUUGGUGAUGUCUACUGCAGUGCUAUUGGUGGUGCCUUGCUCUUGGAAGCGGAAGAAUUCAUUGGUUAUCAGAAAUCAUUUAUGGGUUACGAGGGACAUACCGCGAGACUCAAAAAGAAAGCGAAUGCAAUCAACAGUGACAUGAAAUUGGUUGGUGCAGGAAUCUCGGCCGCGCGAGCUGGUAGACAAGCCUAUCAGGAAGUGGAAAACUUUCAAAAAGAGGCAAAAAGUGCCAUGGCUGGCAACAAGAAUCCAGUGACACCGGGAGCUCCUGAUGGUGCUGACGGAGAAGGAGGAGAGUCCAAGGAGAACGAAAUGGGACUGGAUUCCGAAAAAACCAAAGUCGCUGCCGAAAAGAUUGAAGCGUCACUCCCGGCAUUCCUGGAACUUGCCUGGGCUAUCAAUGGGCGCGAUAUUACACGUACACUCAAACAAGUUUGUCUCAAGUUGUUUUCCGAUGCCAGCGUACCCAUUGAGGUGAGACUCAAGCGAGCGGAAGGUGUGAGAAUGUUAGGGCAUGAAUUCCUGGCCAUUGGCACUGCCACGGCGCUGACAAAAUCCAAGGAAAUCGAUGCCAAGGAAAUCAAAGCACGAGCUGAAGUCGCGGCCAUGGCAACUUUGGCAAGAGCUCAGGGACAGGAAGUUUCUGAAAAGGACGCGGAGGAGCUGAUCAAGCAGUCCAAGAUGCAACAAGCAGCUAUGCACGAGCAACAGCAGGCCGCAGAAACCGAAUCACGAGGAGGCACGUCGCCAUGA